AUGAGCAUCGUGCUAGGAGUGGAGUGUUUCCGCGACCACCGCUACAACUCGGCAACGCAACAAUGGGAAGUACUAGUAUCGUGGCGAGGCCUGCAAGACAUCGAGGACUCAUGGGAGCCACUGGAGACCAUGCUGCGCGACGUGCCAGUGCUGGUGGCCAACUACGCAGAACAGCAACAGGACGAGGAGUUCAAGGCACAGCUGGAUAAAGCUUAA